AUGGUGACGCUCGCCAAGCUGCUGGUGCUCCUGGUUGUGCUCCUGACUGUGCUCCUGGCCGCAGCCUCGGGCUGCUUCGUUAGCAUCGACGCACAUGCUGAGGACUGCUUCUUCGAGCGGGUCACCUCGGGGACCAAGAUGGGCUUCAUCUUCGAGGUGGCUGAGGGCGGCUUCUUGGACAUCGAGGCAGAGAUUACAGGGCCUGACAAUAAAGGAAUCUAUAAAGGAGACCAAGAGUCCAGUGGGAAAUACACAUUUGCUGCUCACAUGGAUGGAACAUAUAAGUUUUGUUUUAGCAAUAGGAUGUCCACCAUGACUCCAAAGGUAGUGAUGUUCACCAUUUAUACUGGGGAGGCCCCAAAAGGACAAGGCAUGGAAACAGAAGCUCACCAGAACAAGCUAGAAGAAAUGAUUAAUGAGCUAGCAGUGGCAAUGGCAGCUGUAAAGCAUGAACAGGAGUACGUGGAAGUUCUGGAGAGAAUACACAGAGCAAUCCAUGACAACACAAACAAUAGAGUUGUCCUUUGGUCCUGA